AAGUAGGUAAAUAGGUGAGCCUUCCACUCAGGAUUCGGGAAUGGCGUUUCACUGUGAGAUUCUUCGUCGGCUGUUCCUCUUGCCCGCCUUAUUGGUUCUGACUAUCUCAGGUCUAAGCAAAAACCUUGCCGGCGACAGUUUUCCUAUCAGAGAAGCCAGUGUGCAUGACCUCCAGGCGGCCUUCCAGCAGAAGCAGCUAAGUUCGAGACAACUUGUGGAGUUCUAUCUCGGAGAGAUUGGUAAGCUGAACCCAGUACUUCGUGGAGUAAUAGAGGUGAACCCCGAUGCACUGAAUCAGGCUGACAAGGCCGAUAGAGAACGAAAGAUGAAUGCGCCAGCUGCUGGGUCGUCCCUGUCUGGCCUGCACGGGAUUCCGGUUCUUCUCAAGGACAACAUCGGCAGCAAGGACAGGCUGAAUACAACUGCGGGAUCGUUAGCGCUGGAAGGAUCGAUCGUCCCUGGUGACGCCGGUGUGGUGAAGAAGCUGAGAAAAGCAGGAGCUAUCAUCUUGGGGAAGGCCAGCCUUGCCGAGUGGUCACAUUUCCGUUCUCUAAACCAACCCAGUGGAUGGAGCGCCAGAGGUGGUCAGGGACUCAAUCCAUACCUUCUGUCGAACGAUACUUGUGGAUCCAGCAGUGGUUCAGCCAUUUCAGUGGCAGCAAACAUGGUAGCCGUGUCACUCGGGACAGAGACAGACGGCUCCAUCAUUUGUCCAGCAAGUUUCAACUCUGUUGUGGGAAUCAAACCCACGGUUGGACUCACCAGCCGAGCUGGGGUAAUCCCUAUCUCCCCAAGACAGGAUUCAGUUGGGCCCAUCUGUCGAACAGUGUCAGAUGCAGUUCACGUACUGGAUGCAAUUGUUGGUUUUGACAAGAAGGACGCCAAAGCAACAAGGAAGGCAUCAAGGUUCAUCCCUAAAGGAGGUUACCUGCAGUUUCUAAAGGAAAACGGACUUCAAGGUAAGAGGCUGGGAAUAGUGAGGAAACCGUUCUUCAAGAUUAUUGGUGACUCGUUCGUGGAGAAAGCUUUUGAGGAGCAUUUAAAGAAACUGAGGAAAAAAGGUGCAAUUUUGAUGGACAAUUUGACAAUAGCCCAAGUUGAUGCCAUCCUAGAUCUCUUUCACAGUGGUGAACUUAUUGCUUUGUACGCCGAGUUCAAGCAGUCCCUGAAUGCUUACCUGAAAGAGUUAGUCGCUUCCCCAAUCAGAUCAUUGGCAGAUGCAAUAGCCUUCAACCAGAAUUUUUCAAAACUGGAGAAGAUUGAAGAAUAUCCUCAAGACAUCUUUUUGAAUGCUAAUAGCACCAACGGUAUAGGUGAGGUAGAGAAGGAAGCAUUGAUGAAUAUGAGUAGACUAUCAAGGGAUGGAUUUGAGAAGUUGAUGAUGGAGAAUAACUUGGACGCGUUGGUGACUCCAGAUUCGAGGGUAUCUUCUGUACUGGCAUUUGGGGGAUACCCAGGGAUUACUGUUCCUGCGGGUUAUAAUCGUAAAGGAUUGCCAUUUGGCAUCUUCUUUUCGGGAUUGAAGGGUUCUGAGCCGAAGCUGAUAGAGAUUGCUUAUGCCUUCGAACAGGCCACCAAAGUCAGGGUUCCUCCUCCUAACAUCUCAACAGAUAUGAUAUCGUAACUAAUGAAUAAUCAUCUCUCUCUCUUCGAGUGCCUGGAUAAAUAAACCCGUUAUGGAUGACUGGAUGCAUGUUUGAAUCCAAAACAGUUCAUUCUUCUUCCUUGUAUCAAUUUAUUAUUGGGCGAAGAAUGAAAAUUCUUCACCUUAGCCCUGUUGAAAUACCAUCAGUUCCUUUUUUGAAUUAAUGUAAGUUAAUGAAAUUCUCUCUA